GAAAAACGAGUGUAAGCUCUAACAGUUGUGGUUGAUGGCGUUGUCACGUGGUUCAUGUUCCUGUUCUCAACGCCUCUCAGAAUCGACCAAUCACAGUCCUCGAUAUGACGCUUGAUUAAGAAAUUUCGGUGGAAAAAUUGAUCGACAUUUCUAAAAGUUCUAUAUUGGGAUAUAAAUGUCUUAAUUAUGCCCCAAAAUAAAAUUAAAUAAAUAAAUAAAACGUGCUGAGAUCGAAGGAGCUUCAUAAUCGGUUUAGUUUCUGAGUGAAGGAAAAACACAUCUGCAGAUCAUCGAUUAAUCUUAAGGAACAGAUAAGGAACAGAUGGCUGCUAGAGCUGUGUUCUCAUCAAACACCGGGGAACAGGUGAAGCCGAGGUUUGGAGAGGUGUCUCUAGACAUUUUAACAGACAUCCUCUGCAACCUCAACAACACUAACAAAUACAACUUGGAGAAGGUGUCGGGUCUCAGUGGAUGUCUUAAAGAAAGCAGGAUAGUGGAGUGUGUGUUUUACGUGUGUGAGGAACUGGGACUGAACCCUGCGGUCGGAUACCAGGCCAUCGAAAUACUAGAAAGGUUUAUGGCCAGAUACAUUGAAGAUCUAAUCCACGGUCAGAAGGAUGAAGGAGCGUCGUCUGAGGACACAGAGAGACACGAGGAGCUCGUCUUCCAAACGCUCAAGCAGAAGUUCUUUCUCUCCGUCGUCUCAAGUGUUCAGAUAUCCAGCAAACUGGACCUGUACUCCAAUGUGGUUAAUAAUGACAUUGCGAUGAGGUUUGUGCAGGCAGCCGGUCGCCCGUCCUCCAAACAGCAGCUCUUGGACUCUGAGAUUCUCAUUUUAAAAACUCUGCACUUUAACGUGAACGUCCCGAAUCCUUUAACGUACGUGGAGACGCUGCUGGAGGUGCUGGGUCAUAAUGACGGGUCGGUGCGUGUGGCGGAGCUGCAUCAGGUGUGUGUGCGUGUGCUGCGGUUCAUUUAUCUGCAGAGGGAGAUCAUCUACAGCUCGCUGCUCGUCUCUGCCACCGGAUGCUCCAGUCCUUCACCAGAGCAAAGAGCCAAGUUUGUGUCGGUGAGCGAGGACUUGAUGCUGCUGGGAGUUGGAGUCAUUGCUGUGUCCGCCUUCAUUCAUCACAGCUCAACAUGGGAGAAGGUAGUGGAGGAGCUGACGGGAAUAACAGGCAUUUCAGGCCGGAGCAUCAUGGAGUUUGUGUGCGUCACCCUCAUGCACAUCACCAAGACCACAUCCGAAUGAUGCUGAAGUCAGAAAGAUGACAUGAUUACAGCUAGAGAACAGAUAGAACGACGACCGGUGAUGGUAACUGUAUUCACAGCAUGAAAAUCUGUACUGUUAAUUUAGAUUUCUCUCAAAAUUCUGUUGUGAAAGUAUGAUGUAAAUAUAAAACAUUAAAAUGAA